AUGUCUACUUCCGCUUCUUCCCCACCGCCUAUAUCACACAUCCUCGAAACAUGUCUCUACGUCCGCGACAUAGAGGCGUCGACUAAUUUUUACAAAUCGGCUUUAAAUAUGGAGCCCUUUCUGAAUAGUCCCCGAGUAACCGCAUUCAACCUCGGUUCUACAACUCUACUCCUCUUCAAGCUAGGAUCAACACAGGAGGACAUCACAAUAAAUACCGAAAAAUCUCACGGCAUUAUCCCCAGUCAUGGUCCGAAAGAUUCUAACAUUCUCAACGAAGUACAACGCCGCAAUAGUCUAAAUCAACAUUUCUGCUUUGCGGUCAAAUCCCCCCAGGAUGUAGAGGAAUGGCAUAAGCAUUUCCAGAACCGUGGUGUCCGUGUGUUGGGUACGAUGGAUUGGGAGCUUGGUGGGAAAAGUGUCUAUUUUGAGGAUCCGGAUGGUCAUGUAGGUGAGAUUGGGUCAAGAGGGAUUUGGAAGCAUUAUUGA